AUGGGGAAGAAAGGCAAAAAGAGUCGUUUUAACCAAGUUGUCGACAUCGAUUUCACUUAUUCAAGCACAAGCGUUGCUGAUGGAGGUCCCGAGAGUGCAUUGGCCAAGCUUAACCUAUCUAAAGAGAAGCUCUCAGAACUGCAACGAAUCAAAGCACAGCUUCCAUCCGCCCCUCAGUCAGUGCGCAUUGAAGAGGAGAUCGCCCAGAUUCCCGACAGUGGUCCCUUUCGUAUACUGCUCGCCAAUGUUUCCUAUCAGGCAACGCGCGAGCAGGUUGAAGAGUGA